AUGUGCCAGCUUUCCCUCCGCCCUGCUACUCCCGAGGUUCACACCUGCAACCUCGCCAAACCCUGCUUCUUCGACCCCGCGGGGAAAAUGACCGACCGGCUAACUCUCGGCAGUGUGUCAAUCGCGACGCCGUGCCUGUCGACCGGAAAGAUAUCCCUCCCGCAAUGGAACGCCCGCCGGUGA